CAUGUCGAAAUCCCAGGGAAUGAUGAGGUAGAUCGUGCUGCGGGCACUUCUGGCACCCGUGCUGUAGACAUCAGUUGCAUCCCAUAUAGAGAUUACUGUGCCCAGUGGCAAUCAGAAUGGAGCCUAAAGGUGUCAAACAAACUGCACAUGAUUACGCCUUUUCUUAGUAAGUGGCAGAGUGCUAGGCACAGAGACAGGUUUUAUGAGGUAGUCCUUUGUCGACUACGCAUUGCACACACGCGGCUCACGCACGGACACCUCUUACGCGGUGAGGACCCUCCUGAAUGUGGACAUUGCCAGGAACCAUUGAGUGUCUUACAUAUCCUCCUAGAAUAUCCUGCUUAUGAUGAAAAAAACCUCCACUACUUUUCACAACUGUACAAAGAGCAUGUUCCUUUACACCUAUGCGUGUUACUUGGGAAUGAGCCACUACUCCCAUCCACCCAGGUUUGUAAGUUUUUAAAAAGCGUUGAUUUUUUACACAAAUUGUAG